AUGAAUGCCCUUUCGCACUACCUUUCGUCGUCUUCGGUUGUUGAACAUUCAUGCCGGAAAGAACAGUCGCCUUGCGAGCUGUCUCGAGCCGCUUCAGUCAACAGUGCCUCUGCUCAAGCCGCAUCGGCUGGUAAUGCCUUAUUUCUUCGCGCUCAAUACGAUGCUCUGCGUCGCCUCCGGGUCUACUGGUUGCCUCGUUGGUUGUUACACUGGGAAACGCGAGUCACAAAUACCUCUUUACCAGGAAUACUGGGACUAUUGGGACUGCCAGCGCCGGAAUUGUCUACUCCUGGUCAACUCAGUGGCAAGUCGGAUCCCUUAGACGGAACUCUGGCCAGUUCAACUUCUCGGCUAGCUAUCACUGCUGUCUCACUUAAUGAGCCGACGGCAAACCUACAAAUUGGGCUUUCCGGCUCUUCAAGUGGCCAGCAGAUUUCAACACACACCUACACUAUGCCAUCCUCACAGACAACCAAACAAACUAGUAGGAUGGCUGCCUUGGAGGGGACCAGUAUUCCAACAGGCCGAAGCACCGGAGCAAAGAUCUCAGAGAGAAAAUGUUCAUUUCAGUCGUCAGAUCGUUUUUACUUGCCGACCAGUUAUGCGUCUGUCACUACGAACACCAGCACGAAAGUGGCGGGAGACAUAGCUGAUACCAACACUAAACAGACUGCGUUUUCACUUGUUCGCGAAAGUCAGCAAGUCGAAGCAUUCAAGACACCAUUUUUGCAUGUAUUUCCGCGCCUGCAUCCACCACUGUCUGAUUUGUUUGGUUCAGACACAAAUCUGAACGCAGAAAUCUUUCGUUCGCAGCCAGAUGUAGCUCCAUUGUUGUACCCUGUUUUGCCCGAAUGUUGUCGCAAAGAGAGCAACGCCGACUCAGGCUUCAGCAAAAACAGCCAAGCAUUGACAUGGCAUCCUCAGCAUAUAAACCUGGCGUGGUCUCUUCCCUGUCGGCCCGACUUUCUCUUUCUUGUUGGCCUCCGACGUUCUAACCUCUCAUGGUCUCAAAUGAAAAAAACAGGUCUUCAAGCAUCCGAGCGCCUUAUGCCUCUUGCAGGCUCCAUAAACUCAACACUUGUCGAUCUCGCUUCACAAACGGCACAGAAAUGGAAGACUAUCGAUUUGCAAGUUAACACCUCAUGUACCAGUGAGGUAUCUGAUAAAACUCAGCUAUUCGGGCAGACAGCAGAGCAUCUUCAUAGGUUGCCACAGUACUUGGAGGAAAGUGAGGAGAUAGACUUGAAAUUGGUAAAGGAGAAUGAACUUGUGCAAAAGGUGCGUGCGACAAUCCUUGCAGACGCUUCAUGUGGUGGACCAUUUAAGGCCUAUUUGGGAGUGUAA